CGCCCCUGGCUCCAUAGCAAGCGCGCGCGAGUGCCGGGGAGUCCCUGCGCUCAGCCGCCGCCGGCGACCACGCGAGCUCCGCGGGGUCCCGACCAGGGCUCCCAGCUGCGCCGGGCGCCCCAGGCACGGACACAGGACCUAGGCAGGAGGACAGAGGAGCCAUGUCUGAGUUCUGGUUAAUUUCGGCCCCUGGAGAUAAGGAAAACCUACAGGCGCUGGAGCGGAUGAACACGGUCACCUCCAAAGCCAACCUGUCCCGCAACUCCAAGUUCACCAUUCCGGACUUCAAGGUGGGAACCUUGGACUCCCUUGUUGGUCUCUCUGAUGAGCUAGGGAAACUCGACGCCUUUGCUGAAAGCCUCAUAAAGCGAAUGGCGCAGAGCGUGGUGGACGUCAUGGAGGACUCCGAGGGCAAGGUGCAGGAGAACCUGCUGGCUAACGGAGGUGUGAAGGAGAAGAUGAGGUGUUUAAAGCUUGACCUGACGUCCUUUGUGACCCACUUCGAAUGGGACAUGGCCAAGUACCCUGCCAAGCAGCCGCUGGUGAGCGUGGUGGACACGGUAGCCAAGCAACUGGCGCAGAUCGACUCCGACUUGAAGUCACGCAUGGCUGCCUACAAUGCCCUGAAGACUGCACUAGAGAACCUGGAGAAGAGAUCCACGGGAAGCCUCCUCACACGGUCACUGAGUGACAUUGUCAGCAAGGAGGACUUCGUGCUGGACUCCGAGUACCUGGUCACCCUCCUGGUCAUUGUCCCUAAGGCCAGCUACUCCCGGUGGCAGAAUAGCUAUGAGUCCCUCUCGGACAUGGUGGUCCCCCGGUCAACCAAACUGAUUGCAGAGGACACCGAGGGUGGGCUUUUCACCGUGACGCUGUUCCGGAAAGUGAUCAACGACUUCAAGACCAAAGCCAAGGAGAGCAAGUUCAUGGUCCGUGAAUUUUACUAUGAUGAGAAAGAAAUUAAGAGAGAGAGGGAAGAGAUGACCAGGUUGCUGUCGGACAAGCAGCAACAGUAUCACAAUUCCUGUGUUGCUCUUAAAAAGGGACCAUCCACCUACCGGGACCACAAGGUUAAGGGAGCCCCGCUAGGGAGCCCUGCCAGGCUCGUGGCGGGGCAGCCGGACAGAGAGAGUGAGGGCGAGGGCCAGGGCGAGGGCCUACUGCUGCGCUGGCUCAAGGUGAACUUCAGCGAGGCCUUCAUUGCCUGGAUCCACAUCAAGGCCCUCAGGGUGUUUGUGGAGUCGGUACUCAGGUAUGGGCUGCCGGUGAACUUCCAGGCGGUGCUGCUGCAGCCACAUAAGAAGUCAGCCACCAAACGCCUGAGGGAGGUGCUGAACUCAGUCUUCCGACACCUAGAUGAAGUGGCGGCUGCCAGCACCCUAGAUGCGUCGGUGGAGAUCCCGGGGCUGCAGCUCAGCAACCAGGACUACUUUCCCUACGUCUACUUCCACAUCGACCUCGGUUUGCUGGACUAGGCGGUCCCAGGCUUCCUGCAGGGCCCGUGGGCGAAGCUGCCCUCACAGCUGCUCCCUGCAAACUCGAGAGCCUUUCAGUCCCUCAUCCCCGGAGAUGGAAGCCCAAUAAUGUAUUUACUUUUUUAAGUUAUAAUAAAAUGCUCAGUCCUUCGA